GGCCUUCCCAUGGAAGGGCACAUCCCACUCUGGCAAGAUGAGGAGCUAGCCAAGCAACAGAGAAGAAAAGGCAUCCCAGGCAGAAGGAACAGCAUGGGCAGAGACAUGAACGCCUCCUCUAGCCCGUGGAAUCCAACCCCGGCUCCCGUCAGCAGCCCCUCCCUGCUGCUCCCCAUCCCUGCCAUUGUCGUCCUCGCUGUGGGCAUCUAUUUGUUGCUGCUGGGCCUAGUGCUGCUGACUAGGCACUGCCUGCUGGCCCAGGGCUGCUGCACAGGCUGCAGCUCCCCCUGCAGGAAGCAAGGCGCCUCCAGGCCCCAAGACUGUUGCUGGACCUGUGCAGAAGCCUGUGACUUCCCUCUGCCCAGCCCAGCCCACUACCUGGAUGCCUGCUGCUCCCAGCCCGACGAAUCUGAUUGGGCCCCUCACUGCCCUCGCUGCUGCCCGCUCUGUGACUGUGCCUGUGCGUGCCAGCUUCCUGACUGCCAGAGCCUCAACUGUCUCUGCUUUGAGAUCAAGCUCCGAUGACAAGACCCAGGGUCCCUGCCCUUUGGGGAGUGGCCAGCUCCCAGGGCCCACAUGCCCUGUUCCCUGAGGGGCCUCAGGACACCUUUCUCCAGGCUAUUGGAACCACAAAUGGCCUACCCAGCUCACCAGCCUGGGAACCAGCAGUGGAGAGCCUGGCUCCCUGCAGAGUGGGACUCAAGGAGCCCUCCGCCAGCUGGAUGGCAGCCCCUUUGGAGGGCCAGAAGAGAGAGUGGCUGGUGCUCUGGCAGAUCCCUGUCCAAAGAUUUCUCUUGACAACCUUUUGAGGGCCUCAGUCUGGAUUUCCAAGGAAGAAGUUUCCUCUGAAGUACUG